AUGGAAUCGGAACCGUUGAUCGCCGGGCGGGGUCGCGACCAGCAUCGUGGAACGGAAGAAGCGCUCCUGUCCUCAGAAAUCCUGGAACCGACCAAGGAGGCACUUCCACUCGCUGAAAUAGCCUCUGGAGUAUACGCGCUGUUCGUUGCAGGACUGGUAGCUUCCACCUUGGGCCCAUCAUCGCUCCCUUCUUGCGCCCUCUUUGGCUUGUCUUGGCUUGUCUCAUCUUGUGAUGUCAUGUACGACAACAUUCGAAACAUUUCUAACGGUGUUCUUUUUAGGCCAUAUUACCGCAGGUACGACGCCGCCCUCCGACCGAUCGACUCGUUAACAAGCAACAAGCUAACAAUCCGCCUUCCAAUACAGCUAGAGGAAUAUUAUCAGCUCUCCGAUAAAGCCAUAUCCAUAAUCUUCCUCUGCCCACCUGUUGGGUUCUUCCUCGCCGCCUAUUUCAGCCGUUCUCUCCACUUGAAAUGCGGUCGUCGCGUCGCCGUUAUAAUCGCACCAGUAUGCCAACUGACCUACGCCUUGACUGCCUCCCAGGCACCUCCUUUCCCCGUUCUCCUGGCCUCCCUCGUCGCCGUUGGCUUUUUUGGAUUGAUGGAUGGGUCGCUCUACGCCUGGGUCGGGGGAAUGAAGCCCGCCAAGACUGUCAUUGGCCUGCUCCAUGGUGCGUUUUCGAUCGGUGCCGCUUCUGGGCCUUUUCUGGCAAACACCAUCACCUCGGCUGCCCAUAGACCGUGGUACAAUUGGUAUUAUGUUCUUACCGCUUUUGUUUUCCUCGAGCUACCAUGCCUAGCGUAUUCCUUUUGGCAACAUGAUGUCGAGUCAUUCCACGUCGAAAAUGGGCGAAAGAACAUUCGAGACGAAGUAGAACCCGAUGAAGAACCGAGUCCUCAGUCCAGUUUUGGAUAUACUGCCACAUGGAUUGGAAGCGCCUAUGUAUUUGCGUUCAUGGGCGUCGAAUUUACCGUGACAGGAUGGGGCAUCGCGUACAUGAAUAGAGUAAACGAAGGCUCAAAUCUGCUUGGGGGGGCUUGCGUCUCCCUAUUUCACCUCGGCCUAGCAGCAGGGAAACUCUCCCUAGGAGUAAUGACCAGAUAUGUGCCAGUUCAACUUCUGGUCACCUCUUUCCUUUGUCUAGCUCUUCUUUCUCAAGUUGCCUUUGCAGUUUCAACCAUCCCAGCCGUCUCAGUAGCUCUGAUGGCUUUGUUAGGCUUCCUCCUCGGGCCCUUGUAUCCCUCUGGCAUUAUUAUGAUGACACAGCUGCUCCCAAGGGAGGUGCAGGUUGCGGGCAUUUCGUUUGUUAAUUCCAUGGGCCAAAUUGGUGCAGCGUUCAUGCCAUUUCUCUUUGGUCUUAUUUCGAACCGUUUUGGUAUUGAGAUGUUGGUGUAUUAUGUUUGUUUACAGCUGGCUCUGAUCAUUCCACUUUGGCUCUACUUCUUUAGACUGCAUUAG